UCCUCAAAUACAAUUUAUUACAAGUUAAUUAAACAUAAUUGAAACUCAAACAAACUCUUAAAAAAAUCCAAAAACACAAAUUAUAUGUUUACAAACUCUUCUUCUAUAGUUUCAAUUGAGUCAUGAAGGCAUUUUACCUGUUGAAACUUUAAAACAAACCUUGCAGAACAACCAAAACCACAACCAAACCCAAACUAAACCCAUAACUCUCAACUCCGCUCCUAACAAACAACCCAAAAGUAACGACAUUACUUGCAGGCCGCGUUAUAUUGUAACUAACUCCAACAGUUACAUUACUCCUAUUUUCCAAAUAAGUUGUAUUGUAAACUGGCUGUAAGUUACCAGUUAAUGUUAUUGGCCUGUAAAAUUCUUCGGGCUGUACUUCCCAAUUACCCCAGACGGUGAUUUGCCUGAAGGUUGUGUUAUAAGGAGUUGAAAGCCGAACUCCACAGGAACUUUUGUCUUGGUUCAGGCAAGCCACAAUGUCGCAGAACUUUAUGCCUACUUGGGUGUUGUUGAACCAGGUUUUACCAUUGAAUGCAACCAACCUAAUAUAAUAAUUGUAAGUAGGUAUAUUAUAUUGAAGCUGAAAUUCUUACUUGUAAACUUCUGAUGAAUUCGUUUCGUUUUGGAAAGCAACUAUGUUGAAGUUGCAACAAAAUCCGGCAUGGCAAAUAUCCGCUGUAAUAUUUUCUGAUGAUAAAUCCAACGAUUUGAAGCUGUAAGAAUUAUAAUCGAAAUCGGUUUGGAUUUUGUAGUUGGCCAGUUCUUGUACGGUUUCGUUACGGAGAAUAUCAAAGCCCAUAAGUUCCUAAUGUAAGCAAAAUUAUCAAAGAAUUAUUGGAAAAUAUAAUAUUUGCUUACAAAAUUUUUGGAUGUUUUGGAUACUGUGGCGUAAAUAGAACUUGUAGAAGGACUAUCGACUAAAAUGUAUCUCAAAACUGUUCCGUCACUGUUUAUAAUUGAACUACCACCCAUACCAUUUGAUGGGUUAUUAAUAUUUGCAGCCAAAAGGUUUACUUUGUUGGCUAAAGCGUAACCUACUUGGACUUCUAAAGCUAAAAUAAUUAUUUUAUUAAAUAAUAUAAUUAUUGUGAAAAUAAUCUUACACAUAUAAAAAGGUAGAUAAGAAUUCCAAGCUGUAGAAAAUAUUACAUCAGUAACUCCAGUAUCAAUCAAUACAGUUUGAGAAGGAUUGUAAUACAAAAUAUCAGCGCAAGUGAUCAAGCCAAAAGUACCAAAAUCGGUGGUGAAAGUUGAUAAUUCCUUGCCAGGAGUCAGUUUGGGUUCGGCGUACAAAUUGAUUUUUCUGUAUUUGGCAACCAAGGUACCAUUGCUGGCAAAUACAAUGUUGGUGUUGUAGUAAAUAAUGGUACCAUUCUCGGUACCGUUUACUUGUUCCAAAAUAUUAACGACCAAGUAUAGGCUGUGAGCUUUUGCUGUGUUUGAUAGACUGAGUAAUGGCUAAAAAAUUCUCAAAGGUGAUUUAAAUUAUGAAAUCCAAAGUACUUACCAGAGCUUCAUUGGAAAAGUUAAAAGUUCCUACAUCUGGAAUUGAUAGAGCGAGUUCUUCGGGAUUUUCUGCCAAACCUGUUAGACCAUAUUCGGGAAAAACGACAAUAUCAGCUUGAAAUCCCUAUAUAUAAUGCAGAAAAAAAUUGAAUUUCAGUGCUUUAAUUAGAGCUUAAUUACAUUGAUAUCGGAUGAAAAUUAAUGAAGCUGUGAGUCAAAAUCUGUCUCAGUGCCAUUUUUGCAAAACUUCUAUACAGUAUAAGCUGCGUCAAGUUAGCCCCCCCACAUUCGAAUUUUCUAAAAAAAUUGCAACCACUUACUGUACGCUCAGCCCCCCCAAAAUUUUGGAAAUCAGAUAAAGCCAAAAAGGAUUCUUAUCCAAUUUGAAGUGUGCUGAAAUGUGCUGUAUCAGGUUUUUCUGAAAAUUUCCAUAUUCGGUCAUUUUCCGACAAAAUCCUACUAGGGGGCUAACUUGACGCUCAGCCCCCCCAAAAUUUCGAAAAUCAGUUUGCACAAAAUUGAAUUCUCAUCCACUCUGAAGUGUGCUGAACUGUGCUGUACCAGGUUUUUCUCGAAAUUUCCAUAUUCGGUCAUUUUCCGACGAAAAACUAAGAGGGGGCUAAGUUGAUAUCAAAUUUUAGAAAUCAGAUCAAAGAAAAACGGACUCUGACUCGGAUUCUUAUUAAAUCUGAAGUGAGCUGAAUUGUGCCUGAUCAGGUUAUCCCAAGUUUCCAUGUUUGACCAUUUCCCGAUAUAAACCUAAUGGAUGGUAUGUAUGUAUGUAAAUUCUCAGAGCUGAACGUCAAGUUAGCUAGUAGGAUUUUGUCGGAAAAUAAGCGAAUAUGGAAAUUUUGAGAAAAGCCUGAUACAGCACAGUUCAGCACACUGUAGAUUGGAUAAGAACUCAAUUCUGUUUAAUCUGAUUUCCAAAAUUUUGGGGGGGCUGAGCGUCAAGUUAGCCCCCAGUAGGAUUUUGUUGGAAAAUGACCGAAUAUGGAAAUUUUCAGAAAAACCUGAUACAGCACAUUUCAGCACACUUCAAAUUGGAUAAGAAUCCUUUUUGGUUUUAUCUGAUUUCCAAAAUUUUGGGGGGGCUGAGCGUCAAGUUAGCCCCUCAUCUAUUUUUUCCUAUAACCUUGUUAUCGAAACGGCACAAAAUAUCAUCGGCACAGUAAAGCACACUUCGAGCACAGUAAGUGGUUGCAAUUUUCUUAGAAAAUUCGAAUGUGGGGGGCUAACUUGACGGAGCCAUACAGUAUAUCGUGUUCACAAUCCGAUGUCCACAGGUGCAGUUAAAUUUAUCACCUUUCCCUAUCAAAUAGCAUUGAAAAGUGAUAAAUUUUACCUAUACCUGUGGACAUCGGAUUAUGAACAGAUAAUAUAGAAUGAAUUAAACUUACCUUAGCUUGUUCAAUUUGAUAAAUAUAUUGUUUGAGAUUCUCUUCAAUGGUCAAAGCUGGGGUUGGACCGGCUACUGGAUUAUGCUCAACGACUGCCGCUAUGUAAUCCUGAAAAAAAUGAACUUAACAAUAUAUACCAGAGCCCAUAAUACUCCAUACUUACCGCAUAACAACAAUUUGCAAUAAACAAUAAAAACACGCAAAUUAGUUGCAUUUUUGUUGCUGUUAUACAAGAGAAAAUGUGAUCCAGUAAGAAAAACGGGCAAAAUUAUAAAAGAUACCGAUAGAUAAAAUGCCUUUUAUCAAUGAUAAUUCUAUUUGCUUAUGAGAUAAAAGUCUAACGUUUGUAUUUGUCACUGUGUAAACUUACUGGAGAUACAGCACGAAGCUUUUUAAAAAUCAUAUUUCCACUAUAACAAGCCGGUCCUGCAAAGUGACUUCUUGGCCAUAAAAAUAAAUAUUCAGUUCUUGGUGAAUUCAAAAUUUCGUUGAAGGUGGUACCAGGAGGUUGGGUACUUUCACAUUUCGUUGUUGACCAGUUAUAAUAAUAUAGAAGGAUGAACCGGUUCUUUGGUCCACCAAUAAUUUGGGUAUUAUUACAACUGGUUCUUCAAAUCAGCUCCCUUAAUUCUCCAUGGCGUUGGGAAUGCGUAAAAGGGUACUGCCAAAAACGACAAACUACAAACGAAACCACUGCCUUAAGUUUAUCAGCUUGCAGACUAUUUUGUUCCGAAGCUGGAGCGAUAUGGCCAAAACCGACAGGGGAUGUAUCAAUAGGCAACUACUUAUCCACCAUAAAUAUUCACAGUAUCGAUAUUUUGGGUGCUAAAUCCGAAACUCCUAUUUUCGAGUUAGUUAGAGGUGCUUCUAAAAUUUUCAGAGACCAAGUACAAGCAUUAGUACCACGCAACAAAUCACCAAAAGGAGGCAAAUCUUUAGUAAUUAGCUUAGACAUCAAAGACCACACAAUCAACAGUUUAUCAUUGGAUCUUGACGAAAGCUACAUACUAAAAAUCACCGAAACUUCGGAUAAAAGACCAACUGCUCUGAUUACUGCCUCAAACUUUUUCGGAGCCAGACACGCUUUGGAAACCUUAAACCAACUCAUCAUUUUUGAUGAUUUAAGAGACGAACUUCAAAUCGCCAGAGAUGUUUUGAUCAGUGAUAGUCCUGCUUAUCCUUAUAGAGGAGUUUUACUGGAUACUUCCAGGAAUUUUAUUACAGUGGAGGCAAUUAAAAAAACCUUAACAGCAAUGGGGGCAGCCAAAUUGAAUACAUUUCAUUGGCACAUAACUGAUUCUCAUAGUUUUCCCUAUGUAUCGAAAUCCAUGCCAGAUUUAUCCAAGUAUGGAGCUUAUUCAACUGACAAAGUUUACAGUCCGCAAGAUGUCCAGGAAAUUAUUCUUUAUGGAAAACAACGGGGUAUUCGAGUACUCCCAGAAUUCGAUGCUCCAGCUCAUGUAGGCGAAGGAUGGCAAAAUACCAAUUUGGUUACUUGUUUCAAUUGGCAACCGUGGCAAGAUUUUUGUGUAGAGCCUCCAUGUGGCCAAUUUGAUGUUACCAAACCGGAACUUUACGAUGCUAUUGCAGACAUCUACAAUGACAUGUUUGACCAAUUCCAACCAGACAUCUUCCACAUGGGUGGAGAUGAAGUAAACUUCAACUGUUGGAACAAUACUCAGUCCAUUGUUGAUUGGAUGAAGGCAAAAGGUUGGGGACGUGCCGAAGCUGACUUCAUUAAACUAUGGGACCAUUUCCAAAGUCAAGCUUUGGAGAAGGUUUACAAAAAAGCUGGCAAGAAAAUUCCUGUGAUAAUGUGGACUAGUCAUUUGACCCACAAAGAAUAUCUAACUGAAUUUUUGCCCAAAGACAACUACAUUGUGCAAAUAUGGACUACAGGCCAUGAUGAGCAAGUGCGUAAUCUACUGGAAAAUGGCUACCAAGUAAUCCUAAGCAACUAUGACGCUUUGUAUUUGGAUUGCGGUUUCGCUGGAUGGGUAAAUGAUGGUAACAAUUGGUGCUCGCCCUAUAUUGGCUGGCAAAAGGUGUACGAAAAUAAACCAUUAAAAAUUGCUGGCGAUAAACGUAAGCAAGUGCUUGGAGCAGAAGCUACAAUGUGGACAGAACAAGUAGAUUCCACGUCCUUGGACAGUCGUUUGUGGCCGAGAUCUUCAGCGUUGGCUGAAGUUUUAUGGACGGAACCAGAAACUUCGUGGAGGGAAGCUGAAACUAGAUUUUUGAUUCACAGAGAACGACUGGUGAAGUUGGGUGUUGAUGCGGAUGCAUUGGAACCUGAAUGGUGCAUGCAGUAUGAGGAAAAUUGUCCUAUUGGGGGCAAAUUUAAUGUCGAUAAUAGGAACUAAAUUUAAAAAUAAAUUUAUAUUUAAGUAUAAUAUACUACUUUUUGUAGAGAAGAA